AUGGAAUCUCCAUUCAAAGCCUCAGUGCCGCAACCCGCGGAUGCGAGCAAUGCGAUCGUCAUCCAGCAGUUCGCGAGGUAUCCACCGGUCUUCGAGACUCCAUUGCGCAGUGGCUCUCCAGGUAGUACGAGAAGCAGGCUUGCUGCCUCUCAAUCUCCGCCUUUGCUACGUAAAGAGACUCCGCGCAGCCUACAAUCAUCACCCAGAGGUCCCUUGUCCGGCGGAGUAAUGCCGCCAUCAGCACUGCGCACAGGCAUGUCUAUGUCCCCUCCACUGACUGACUUGGAAUCUCGCCAAGCUUUUCCAAGAGACUCCGAGGGCGAUGGGGACGCCGAGCAUCGGAUGCUUCCUUCUCGGGAGGUCACGGAUGAAACGAUCGAUGACGCCUAUGUCGCAUUUAUCAUGUAUUGUAAUCCGAAUGUGCCUACUUCUGCUGAUUCUAGCGAAUUGCGAAAGACUUUUCGCGCGCCCCCUCGAAGUGAUGGGAAGAAUUUUAGUAUCUACGUUCUGUGGGAACUAAUUCGAAAGCUAGAUCGCAAGGAACUCAAAACAUGGAUCCAACUAGCGAUUGAGUUGGGAGUCGAGCCUCCAUCAAUUGAAAAGAAACAGAGUACUCAAAAGGUACAACAAUAUGCUGUGCGGUUGAAGCGUUGGAUGCGUGCGAUGCAUGUAGAUGCAUUUUUUGAAUAUCUUCUCGGACAUGAUCACGUCUAUUAUAAACAGCUCCCUCUAUCAAAUGCUCCCGCUAAUGAGGACCGCGAUGGAGUUCCUCUAGAAGAAGACCUAGCGUUGAGGGCUUUGGUGCCAGAAUGGAAGCCGAAACGAGGCAGAAAGCGGGCUGAAGACAAGGACAAAGAAGAUUCACGCUUCCCAAAGCGACCACAACUGGAUACGUCGAUGGCAAUCCUGGACAAUAAUGCAUUGGCUGCUCAUGCAGCAAAUUUCCCACAAAGCGCCAUCCCUUUCAGUGCUUUUCCAGACGACAUGGAUGCACACAAUGACCCGUGGGUUGCUGCUGCGUCAACCUUUGGCGCUGAUCAGAAUCCUGACGCCAUUUCCGGUCAAGAUCUACGCUGGCGACCUUUUGAAGGAGAUGGAUCUCCUCCAGGGUUUCCUCGAUCAGCAUAUAUACCCAGGAACCACCAGACCGAACAGCCUUCUGUCGUCGAACCGCGUUCCGCAUUGACACCUUCUACUGGAGAGAAGUCUCGCAGCCGAAGACGGCAUGGUCCAGCUGUUUCCUCCGCGUGGCCCAAUACUUCGGGUUCGAUGACGGGUAAAAUAAGAGGCCGCCCGCCAAACCGUGGUUCCGCUCCCGGUGGUCCGUUUUCAUCAUUUCCGGUGAACCCGGUGCGAUCAAAUACUUCGGGUGAUGUUACGAGCACGCAGUCUUCGCUCGCCAUUGGUAUAGAACAGGUACCACUUGGACCACCACGCAACACGACAUCAAACUCUACCGGUCAGCUGAAUACAAAACCCGAUAAAUUACAGUUGCAUGUCCCACAAAUUAACGGCCGUCCUGUUCGUUUAGCUACACCACCGACUGUAGUCCUCAACGGUACAAGUGACGUUUCCAACAACUUUGAUUCGUUUUCCGGACGUCGUGACUCUAUUGCUACAUCAAACGAUCUAGACGAUGUGGCAUCUCUGGGAUCGGUGGCAACCGAGCGCACGACGCAAAAAGUAUCUAUCAACGAUGUCACUCGUGCCGUCGCCCACAAAAUACUGCGUUCACGAUUGAUCGGCCGACCUACAUCCAUGGGCACAGAGGAAGCUCUUUCUCUCGCACAUGCAGCAGUACAAAGACUUGGAAGUAUAUACGUCAUGCUCCCAAUGGACUCGGUCGCCAUGUUUUGCGCCUUGUAUUUUGGUGUCGCCCAAAAGUUAGGUCUCGCUCGGGUAUCGCCAGCAACGCUGACUGUGCAGGUGUCGACAACAGCCACCAACGGUGUUGAUUCUCUCGCAGUCUAUUCUAUCUUCAUAGAAGAUGAUCAACCGGGGCAGGGCUUCAGAUUUAACACCACUCUAAGUGGUCUCACGUUGUCAUCCAGUCGCCCAGACAACACAUUCAGAAACAAUCUAGAACCAACAGGACUACAGACGGAUGAAGACGAAUUCGAAAACGACGACUUCGUUGGCGGAAGUUCAACCGAUGAAGGCAGCUGGAAGCAGCGAUAUAUGCGACUACGGCAGCAGAUGCGUCGCAAAGAAGCCGCUUCACAGGUCAACUUCGCCAAAGUCGCUGAAGAAUGCGGCAUUGUUAGUGUCGGAGCUGCCUCGAAGCGCUUCUCACGUUUGAAUAUCAAGUACCAAAACGGCGCUGGCAAUGCCGACGAAGAUGCCGACGAAAUCGAUGAAUCGCCUUCCAAGAAAACUCCCAAGAAAGCCAACCGCAGCGGCAAGGGUAUCGUCAAGGCUGAGAGAGAUGAAAAGAUAGCCAUCACUGCUCCGCGUGCUGCCGGCGUGGGCAAGAAGCGUUCUCCUACCAAGCCUAAGGCUACAGCUGGUGGUGGCGUUAGUACUUCGAGCUUAACGACUGUCGCGACUGCUGACGGGGUCGAUUUGAAGAUGGGGACGGGAAGCGAUGAUGGGAAAGCAGAAGAGUUUGUGCCUGGUUUCUUUGAUGAGCAGAUGGAUCGUGGUGUGGGUGCCGAGCAUGGGGAUGAUACUGACUAG